CAUUUUGACUCAUACAUAGAUAUCUCCAUUUACAGGAAAUGAACAAGUUUCAUACCAUUUUGUUGGAUCAAGCGAGUCGCACGGUUUUGAAGAACCUUAAAGUAUUUGUCAAAGACGAUAUUAAUCAAGUUAAGGACUAUAAAGGACACUUUCUUAAAGUAUCCGAGGGUUACGAUAAUGCACUCAUAAAAAAUGCACAGGCAAGCAAAAAUCGACCACAAGAAGUACAAGAGGCUGCUAACAUAUUGUCAGCUAGUAAAUCAUGCUUUCAACAUACCGCUUUAGACUAUGUUAAUUAUAUAACUUUAGUACAAUCGCGUAAAGUUCCAUCGAUUUUAUCUACGCUUGUCGACUAUUAUCAGGCUUGCGUUACAUAUUAUCAUCAAGGUUUCGAUUUGUGCAACGAUUUUGAUGAAUUUUUCAAAAAUAUAACAGAAGACUUGAAUUGUUUGCGUGGCGACUAUCAGCAAUUAGAAAAAGCGAUGCAAAACCGUCAUUUAAGUGUGAAUAAUUUUAGUGACACCAACACAAACAGUACUUCGAAUAAAAUCGAAGGGUACUUAUUCAAGAAGAAAUCGAAGGGAUUCAAAACAUGGUGCAGACGCUGGUUCUAUUUGAGCAACAAUCAGCUAGUCUAUAGUAGAGCUUUAUAAAACGUGAUAUGGAGUUGUAUCUGUUUAAUUGAGUGACAUCAUCUCAUUUGAAUGGAAUUUGAAAAAAA